CGAACGAUUACGUAACCUACCAGCGUCGUUUGGGGGAAAACAGUUGACAGGAGCGAGAAGUAGGCCGAACUGGAUAAACAAAGCAAAAUUAAGAAAAACUGCGAAAACGACUCUAAUAUAUGACACAAAUUAUCAUGUUUAUAACCCGUAAUGUUGUUCUAAACUCGUGUUGACCCUGCUAAAGAGGAAAGUUUGCAGAAAAGAAAGGGGCGUACACCUGUCGAGCCGAAAAUAGGUUAACGCUGCUAACCUGUGUUAGCACGUAAGCGUGCUAGCUGGCUGUUGGAGCCCGAACAGGUGUGCCAGGUGGCCCGCUGGCCAGCCAUGUCCUCUCCGUCUUCGUCGUCCAGGCGCCAGUGGUGCUACUUGUGCGACCUGCCGAAGAUGCCGUGGACCGUGGUGUGGGACUUUAGCGAGGUGGUCUGUCGCGGUUGCGUUAACUACGAGGGGGCUAAUCAGAUCGAGUUCUUGAUAGCAAGCGCCCGCCAACUGAAGCGGAGUCACGGCAUGCAGGAUGGUAACGUGAGGUCGCCCGGUCCUUCACCCAACAAACACGGCUCCUUAGCGAGAGCGGAACCCGGACCGGACGCUGGAAGGCAGCAUACGGAGCGCGUUGACCGCGGAGGAAGGGGAGAAGGCGGCGGGACGGCGAUACGUGUCCCGCCCAACGGGAUCCAUCGAGAGCAGCCGCCUCAAGAGGUGAACCGUCAGAGCCCCAGCAGCAGCCGGAGACCCAUGAUCGGCGCCGCCAUCCCUCCCAAUCUGGUGACACAAAGUAUUGCGGGAAUCCCUCCUGGACUACUUCCGGGCAUGCCAGCGAGUCUGACCGCCAGGACAGCGCCGAUGAGCAGCCCCAUGAUCUUCCCUGCACCCGUAUUGGCCGAGAUGAGUCGCAGACAGCUGGGGAUCGGGAUGGGCAUAUCACCCUUCAUCACUCCAGAGCUGGAGCGAGAGCUCAGUUCCUCCCAGGGCCAGGCCAAGUCCCAGAGUCAGGCUCAGUCUGGCACCAGCAGCUCAAAGAGUGCUCCCCUAUCUUCCUCAUCCUUUUCCAUGGCUGGUGGUGUGAGCCAGACGAGUCCUAAGCCUGCCUCAUCCCCAGCCAGACAGCAACGUCCUCCAACAGCGAGGUCUGGAGCUGAGCCUCUGGGAUCCAGCAGCUCAGCAGAGGCGGCCACCACUGCUGCAGCAGCGCUACCCAACAACGGUGCCUCUGAGCUGGGAUCAGCAUCUGUCAGCAACACCCAUCCGGCUGGAAACACUCUGUCCUGCACUUUGUGUCAUGAGAGGCUCGAGGACACACACUUUGUCCAGUGUCCAUCAGUGCCGGGGCAUAGGUUCUGCUUCCCCUGCACCAGAGUGUACAUCCAAAGCCGAAGGGGAGACGGCGAGGUGUAUUGCCCCAGUGGAGAGCGAUGCCCGCUUGACAACUCGCCCAACAGCCCUCCGUGGGCCUUCAUGCAGGGAGAGGUCUCCACUAUCCUGGGCACCGGCUCAGCACCAGCAGGAUCUGCUCCAGCACCUCCAUCUGGAGCCAGUACAGGGCCAGGAGCUGCUCCAGCGUCUGGAUCUGGGAGUGGCCCAGCAGCAGCAGGUGGAGGGGGAGGAGGAGGCGGAGACGUCAAUGUUAAAAAAGAGAGGGAGACGUGAUGGCGAGUUUGAUGGUGACAAGGACCGAACACAGCAGCAGGCAGAAUUUGGUUUAGUACAUGAAGAGAUGACUACACUGGACUGCUGAGGGACCCAGAAGAGAAACACGACGACCCAUAAAGAAAGAAAUCCUCCACUACACAGGUUCUGACUCCUCUCGCAGUUCAGUUAAAUCCACCUCAUCAGAAUUCAGAAGCUUCUGUUUUUCUUUCUCUUUUUAUUUCCCAUCAAAGUUCAUUUUUUUCAGCUGAAACUUUGUAUUUUAGUCGUCCUUUUUUUAAGUGACUUUAGAUUGAAUCCUCAUUUAAAUUCCUUUUUCAGGAAAAAAAAGCCUUUUCUAAGAAUGAACAGGGAAUAUUUUCAUAAAACUGUUCCUGUAAAGAUGUCUGAUGUGCAGUUGAUGAUGGAUUUUCAACAAAAGUAGACAAAUCUACACAUUGGUUACAGUUGAGGAUCUAAUGUGGAUCUUUGAUGUUCGCUAAGCUAGUUAGUUAUUGCAGACUGGUUUGGGUUAAAGCAAUAUCCUUAGUGAUUCAAAGACGCCAAACAGCAAAUUAGUACAGCGUCACAACAUGUCUACAUGGUCACAUGUAUUAUAUUCUCUAUGCCUGGCAUUGUUUCUGUUUGAACUGGUCCAGUUAACAUACUGGGAUCACACCACUGCAGCACCUAUCCUAGGCUGACUUUCUGAUCUCCAGGUUUUCUGUGUCCAAUGUUAGAAUAUUUCGAGAAAGUUCAGGAACCGUUUAUCAAAAAAAAAAAAAAUGUUGGCUUCCGACAUGGCCGUCUCUUUCAGCUUAAUUGAUCCGAAAUUUUCCUCAUAUCUACUAUAGCGAAAAGGGACAUACUGGCGUUAGAAUAACUCCAAAGAAGCAAAGCAAAGCUGGAAUCUAUGUACAUUGGUGUUGAGCAGGGAAGAGAAAAAUAGCUAAAGUGGUUUGUUUAAAAAAGGCCAAGAUAAUCUUUAUACUGGCAAAAAUAAAUGACAAACUCAAAAAAACAAAACGGCUCUGAUGCGUUAUUAAUUAUUGAGUCUAAUCGGCUGAUUUUUACUUCCACGUUCUGGUUGGAAGCUCAAAACCAUUCAGAGCUUUGCUUGGAUCUACAAAGAUCUUUCCUCUUUUUGGAAGCUUUGCAGGAAUAACAGUUUGGUUUUGGCUCUCGGCCCGUUUAGUUACUGGAUUUCAUUCCUGAUUAUUUUUCUGUAGAAAAGGGUCUAGCACAGGAAAAAUGGGAUCUUUUCAUCAAAUCUACCAAGAACUGAUAACAGGCAGCUUGAUGGUGUUAGAGCAGCAAGACUCUCUGGUUUAUCCACUGAAUUUCACUCCAUUGCCAGAUUUGAAAAUGUUGUGAACCUUUUGGAAAUCAGAGCUUAAAAAAGGAAUCAUAUUCUCUAGUGCCCACUGUCCUGCCUGAUCAUAGAUCUCCUCAGCAGCCCUGAAUCAGGUGACUGCAUUACCUCCUUAGCAGCCAUGUAGUUGAUCACCCAUUUAACCAGGUCAGGUGUGUGGAGGCCGAGACACAUAAAGCAUGCAGGACAGUGGUUCCUGGGGGAGCUGGAUUAAAGCCCCCCCCGCUCAGUAAAAUCCACACUGAGAUGGCGCUAACCAGAUUCAUUGCUAAGAUAAUAGCGAUCAUUAAAAAUGUCUUUAAAUCAUUAGGUCUUUAUUUGAAAUUCUUAAAGCCCUGAUUGAUAGUGACCGCUCUCUCGUGCAAACUGAAACUUUUCCUCUGCUUUGAUACAGAAUUCACUAAAAGGCCAGCAAGCAAUGCUUUUAAAUGCUGAAUUGAAUAUGAUUGGUAUUGUAAGGUCAGAACUGGAAAUUAGCCACAAAUCUCUUGUCGUAUCUAUUUAUUUGUUUGGUAUGAUCCAAAUAGUCCCACGUUGCUGCAGUGAAGAUCAAAGGUAUGGUGGAGGAUUUUCUUUUUCCGGGUGAAUCAUCUAAAUAAGUGGUCCUUCUAAUUGUCAGUCAUUCUGGUAAUAUAUUUAUGUAAGGCCAUACUAUGUGCUUGUCCCUUUAUCUAUCUUUUUCUGCGCAUGCACACUUUCAGGCGUAUAUCUGUGUUGACCUAUGGUUUCAGACAGUCAUCAAAGCUCACCUUUCUCACCGCGGUUCUUUAACAAUGGCUGAGGGUCGUAAGAGAGAAAGUGUCUACGAAGUGCACGAGAAGAAAAGAAAGGCCCCAAAGGAGGCAGAUAUAUCCCUGAACGCUUUGCAGGGAGAGCUCUCAUCGCAAAGCAUUAUGGGAUUUGCUGUCACAGUGGCUCACUCUCGCCAUAGGCUGUCUCUACACGACAGCGGUGACUAAUAAUCAAAGAUGGCGCUAGGAGAACAGAAACUUUAAAACAACGCGUACGGAAUAACGCACUCUUGCACGCAUUUAAUAAGCGUUCCCUCUGGAGCGAGUACAGCGUUGUGCAUGUCCAUUUUUUUCUUUAAAGUGGUAAGGGCGGGUCUUUUAAAAAAAUCACUAAAAUCCUCCACUAUACCUCUAAGGCUGUUCUUUGUUGGACUAAGUGUAAAACUGUGCCUGUGCCAUUUCUUUAAAGUGUCACAUUUUGACAACUUCAUUUUUUUAUUAAAAAGGUUUAAAAUCCAACCGUAAGAAAUCUGAAUUUGGACACAAUUUGACGGGAUGCAGUCAGCAACCAUUUAGA